AUGGAAUCUCAUCUUUUGAUCUAUCAUGUCCUCCGACCACCAGACCUCGAGGUAUACCGACUUCGGCUACUUUACCGGGCUCUUGGAGGCCGAUAUCCCCAGAAUAAGAUCGAGAGUACUUUGUGCCAGCCAUCGCCGCUGGCGCACUACCCCGUAUUGCUCCUCCCCAUCUCACUCGUCUGCGCACUCGUCGCCCUGCGUGCGCCGGUUGUGCAGCUCCUUACGCGGCGGCGGUUGCUGCCUCUUCAUACGUCCUUUGCAACAGUAGCUAAAAUCGACGGCGCCGUCAAGCCGAGCAUCCACGCCUCGCAGAUGUCGAAAGCGCGGGUCUAUACAGACGUCAACGUGCUGCGACCCAGGGAAUACUGGGAUUACGAGAAUCUCUCCGUCCAGUGGGGUGACCAGGAUGACUAUGAGGUUGUUCGUAAGAUAAAGCGAGAGAUCAAGAUACUGCAGAACCUAUGCGGGGGACCCAAUAUUGUCAAACUCUUGGACAUCGUUAGGGAUCAACACUCAAAAACUCCGAGCUUGAUAUUUGAAUUUGUGAAUAGCACAGAUUACAAAGUUUUGUACCCUACAUUGACAGAUUAUGACAUACGCUAUUACAUAUAUGAGCUUCUCAAGGCACUAGAUCACUGUCACUCGCAGGGAAUAAUGCACAGAGAUGUCAAGCCUCACAAUGUUAUGAUUGACCACGAGUUGCGAAAGCUUCGAUUGAUCGAUUGGGGUCUUGCAGAAUUUUACCAUCCCGGCAAGGAGUAUAAUGUUCGUGUUGCGUCGAGAUACUACAAAGGUCCAGAACUUCUUGUUGACUUGCAAGACUAUGACUAUUCUCUGGACAUGUGGAGCCUUGGCUGCAUGUUUGCGGGAAUGAUUUUCCGCAAGGAACAUUUCUUUUACGGACAUGACAAUCAAGAUCAACUUGUCAAAAUUGCUAGGGUACUUGGGACUGAUGAGUUGAAUGCAUAUUUACACAAAUACUGUUUGGAGCUUGAUCCUCAACUUGAAGCUCUUGUUGGGAGGCACAGCAGAAAACCCUGGUCAAAAUUUGUCACUCCAGAGAAUCAGCAUCUUGUAUCGCCAGAGGCCAUUGAUUUCCUCGACAAACUUCUGCGUUAUGAUCACGAGGAAAGGCUCACAGCAAGAGAAGCCAUGGUCCAUCCAUAUUUCGCGCAAGUGAGGGCGGCAGAAAAUAGCAGGACUCGGACCCAAUAG